AUGGCUGCCGAGGUAAAGACAGAAUCUUUUUGUGGACGUAUUUUAUGUGUCGGUCUUGCCGCUCUUGAUAUUGUGAACACGUGUGAACGGUAUCCAAAUGAGGAUGAAGACUACAGGGCAAUAUCACAAAUAUGGCAAACUGGCGGUAACGCAUGUAACACCUCAACUGUGCUGGGAGAACUGGGAAUUGAUUGCGAACUGUUUGGGACCAUGUCGUGUGGACCACAGACUGAUUUUCUUUGUAAACAGAUCAGAGAGCGAAAAAUACGCUAUGAAAACUGCGUUUUCCACAAAAAUUGUGGAACGCCAACAUCUUCUGUCGUGUUGAGCCUGAACAGUGGUAGUAGAACCAUUGUGCACUCCAGAAACAAUCUCCCGGAACUUGAAGUUGCAGAUUUUGUGAAACUUAACUUGACAAACUACAGGUGGAUUCACUUCGAAGGAAGGAAAAACGAGGAAGCUAUUGUGCAAAUGAUUGAUAAGAUCGAGGAAUUUAAUGCGACUCAGUCAUGCAACGAAAAGAUUUCUGUAUCUUUGGAAUUGGAGAAACCUAGAGAAUCUCAUCUUCUUUUACUUAACAAAGCCGAUGUAGUAUUCAUAAGCAAAGAGUUUGCUCGAUUUCGCGGUUUCUCUUCGUCUGCUGAAGCAGUCAAAUCCAUUUACAACAAAGUCAAAUCUGGUGCCGUGUUGAUUUGUGCAUGGGGAGAGGGAGGUGCGGAUGGAAUUGGUCCUGAUGGUGAAAUAAAACACAGUAAUGCCUACCCCCCAAAAGUAAUAAUUGAUACUCUGGGAGCAGGGGACACAUUCAAUGCUGGAGUCAUUUGUGGUUUGCAUGGAGGAUUGACUCUUCAAGACACAUUAGAUUUUGCUUGUUUCCUGGCAGGUGUUAAAUGUGGUAUCCAAGGAUACGAUGGCUUGGCUAAAGCUGUGGCGAGCCAUCAUUGUUGGGAGACUUACAUGAAGGGAUUAGUGAGCAAUAACCUAAGGUAACAAUGGUGGAACACAUUUGAGACAGAAGGAAGUUGUGAUAGGUACAAUAAUGUGUAAGGUACUAUUUAGCCUGGAAAGCAGUCUCCUUUUUCUCAAGUGCCAAGUGGGAGUAGUGCAAGGUGUGAGCUUAGCAAGAGUUAUGUAAAGGCAGAGGGAAAAAGGGAGCAAAUUUCAUAAGAAGCAGGUGAAUGAGAAAUGAAGGAAAGGAAAAGCUUGUUGAGGAGAACCAGAGAACUUGGAGAAAAAGACUUGAAGCAAGGACCAGAACCAACCACAAAACUCUGAAUCCAUGUUUAGUACCAAGUUUAAGAACUGCACCUGGUUACACAGAGCCCACACAGCCUGUUCUUGAACUUGAGACUCAGGUGAUGACAGUAGCCUGACAAAUCUGGGUACAGCACCUUCAGAUGAGAAAAAAAAAUUAAG